AUGAAGUCAAGCAAGCUUUCAUAAAUAAUGUUUAGUAAAUUGUCAAUAAUAUUUAAUUCGAUAUAUUUUUAUCGUAAACUAUUUGUUGUUAGUUCAUACGUAUGUUAACUACUAUAUAAAACAUAACUGUGGCUGAGUUUACCAUGAGCUUCUUUCGUCCAUCAACUGUGCCAUGAAAUGAUUUUAUAAUGGCUACUUCUGAAAAUUGGUUUAAUCGGAGGAAAGGCAAAACCACCAGUGAUGUGUUUAAAUUGGACAUUAAAAACAAAACACCAAAGGAGAAUGUAAUUUCAAUAAUAGAGGGGCUGUACUUAAUGAAACCAUUUCAUCAUGAGGUUUCGCCGACGACCAAAACUGUGCCGAAAGUUACAGUGUUCCGUGGAGCCCAGAGGAGUAGUUCAGACACCCGCAAACUGUCCUACUUGAAUGCAUUGGUAACACUCCUCGGCAAGGAAGACAUCAGCAACCUUGGAUUCACUGCUGAUGAGUUGAUGACAUGUAUAAGAAUAAGCCUGGUGGACGAGUCCAUGGUGUUGAGAGCCGCAGCUUUGAGAGUUCUCCGAUAUUUGAUCAGAACGGAAAGUGAUGUUGCCACAUUCAAUAACCUCAGGUUGCCUUAUCUGGUCACAAGGUCAAUGGACCUCAUGCUCCGCAACGAAGAAGAGCGUGCGCAAGCUCUCCGCGUGGUCCGACGCGUCGUGGCUGUAGUGGGGUGUGUCGGGCCGCGGAGGCUGCGUGCGGCGCGGGUGGACGAGGGGCUUCUGCGGUGCCUUGCAGCCGUGGCUCGGGCUGGCGCUGGUGACGGCUCGCCCGAUCGACUGGCAAGGCCUGCGGUGGCCACACUCGCUGAGAUCUGCGUGCUAAAUCCCGACCUGUUCAUCGCCUGCGGCGGCGUGACGGCAGUGACCCGUCAGCUGGCCGAGUGCGCUACCCCGCACAUGGCCGAGGCACUCUGUGGCGUCCUACUACACACGCUCAACGAGCCCGCCGCCAGGGACGCCGCAAGAAUAGACCUCGCCUGCCUCAGCUUCCCGUACUGCGACUUCCACAACCGGCCGCAGGGGGACGCCAACAAGGAUGAACGAGAGAUGCGGUUCACCUGCAGCCGGCUAGCCUUACUCUGCGUGUUACGCAGCUGGCCCGGCUUGCUGCACUUCUGCCACCCGCGCAACACCGGCGGCCUGCGCGCCAUGGUCUCCGCGCUGUACCUGCCGCGGCUGGAAGUCAGGAAAGCGAUAUUAGAUCUGUUGUACGAGCUCGUUGGGUUGCCGCAGCCAGAGUGGACGGACGAGAUUUCUGUGGCAUUAGACGCUGUUGAUCCCUCUGACUUCCAAGACUCCUGGCGACUGAACGAGGGUUUCGUGGCCGCGGAGGGCACCGCCAUUCUACCUCACCUCAGCGCGACCGGCUCUGACAUCACCGAGAUCCAUCUCGCGCUGCUACUCCAAUGCUUUCUAGAGGCCGGUUUACUAGACGGGCUGACGGAAGUGAUAGUGACGAGCGACACGUUCAUAUCCGUCCGCGCGACGGUGCUGCUGGGGCAGCUCCUGCACCUCGUGCACGCGCUGCUGCCGCCGCAGGCGUGCGGCGUGACGCCCGCGCUGCCGCAGCUCCUGUCGGCGGCGGCGGGCGGGCGGCCGCAGGCGCUGGCCGCCGUGGCCGCGCUGCGCCGUCUGCACGCCAUCCACGAGGCGCGCCCCGCCACGCACUCCCUCUUCCUCGACCACGUCGUGCAGUACUGCAGCGGCGCCUACCGCCACCCUCCCCCACCCGAACGCUCCAGGACCAGGAAGGAGAUAGACGACGCCGACGUGGCCAAACCGAGACCCUUCAUGUACAAGGACGACAGCGUAGAGUUCCUCGACGACUCCGACAACGACGAGCCGAAACGCCACAGCGUCGGCUCCCGCGCCGACGUGGCCAACCGAAACUACGGUGUGUUAGUGAAAAGCAAAAGUGUGAGCUCGCGGACGGGGGCCGCGGUGAGCAAAGUGACCAAGUCGGCCAAGUUUUUCAAUCUGUUCGAUCGGGAUAGUGACAAUCUGAUUCGGUGCACGCUGGUGAUGCAGAAUAAGGACGGCAACACGUGGAACUGGGAGUUCAUCAGAACUAUUUUGAAGGAGAACGAUACCGCGCCACUCCUGAACCUAUGCGACAGUGGACACAAAGCGUGGGUCGCUCGCAUCGUCAACUACCUGAAGCCGUCCUCCAACAAGUACUCGCACACGGACCUGUCUACCACCUCCAAUGGCCACUCUGCCACCAGGGCCGGCUGCCAGCUGAUUAGACACCUGCUGCGACAUAACGACGCUGACUCUCAAAGACUACUCGAAGAGCUCUUCUGGGACGUGAGCCGGCAAGUCGAAGCCAUCGAAACGGGCCGCCGCGCGCACGAGUGCCUCUUCAGCCCGCAACACAUGAGUAACACGAUGUGCCAGAUGUAUUUCCUGUUUAUCGGGCAACUGUGCCACUCCCACGCUGGGCUGGACCUGCUCAAGCAGACCAAGUUGUACGACAACCUCUUGGAACUUUCAACGAAAACCCACCACAGCUGCUACGUGAAACUAGUCAUAUCAAGCCUCGACUACACUCUCGACUCGUACCCACGAGACAUAUUGGCCAAAACCCUGACCUGCAGCAUCCAAGCCUCGAGACUAUACGCCACUCAAUUCCUAACAGUCUUACUAAGAGCUUCGCAGAAAUCUAAGGAGCUUGUUCGAAGAAGAUCGAAAUUGAAAAAGAAUUUGGUUCAAGAGCAUUUGAAGUCAUCUCAAAGGGAGGAGGAGAGUAGUGGAGUAGAUAUGGACACCUGGUUGCUGCAGAUGCUUAUAGCGCAACUUAAGGACGAGUCCAAGUCGGUCGUCAAAUGCGCCGUCAUGGCGUUAGAGGAAGCCUAUAGCGUACCUGCCUUAUUAGAGAAGCUAGUGCUUCAAAGGGACGUGCUCGCCCACAACUGCCGCUUCGACAAGAACACUGAACCCUCUGCUCUGGAUUUGUCUGUGGCUGGAGACCGGGGCUAUCUCAUAUGGCUAGGACUUGAAAUCGCAGCCGCCGCUCCCUCCCAGGAUCUGAAGGCGAAGGCGUUUAUUAAGAAACAUGUGGAUUUCUGGAUCAAGAACUACAAUUACAGAUACGUGCGACUGGUGGAGGCGGCGAUACACGACGCGCUGGCGUUGUGCUCGGGCGGCGGCGGCGCUCGCGCGCGCGCGCGGCGCACGGCGCGCCCGCCGCCGCACGCGUUCACCGCUCUCGCACGCGUCUCGCACCUGGCCCGCGCCAUGCUGCCGCAGGCGCUGCAGCCGGCUCUAGCGGUAUGUACAGAUGCUAGCGACUGGUACAGGCGGCGAUACAUGACACACUGGCGUUGUGCCUCGCACCGGGUACCGCAGGCGCUAGCGACUAGUGGACAGCCACCGCCGCACGCACUCGUGAUUAAUCCUACAGACAAAGUGUUACAACGCAAAACCUGCGCCACCGAGCAAGAGAUAAUGGACGUGAAAGCGUCUCUCUGGGCCGUCGGUAACGCGGCUUUACACCCGCUAGGGCUCCAGCAACUGCUCUCACUGACCAACCCAAGUGAAGAGUCGAUCCCAGUCCGGAUUGUGUCACUGGCGAAGCAUUGUCCGGUGUACUCGGUUCGAGCAACGGCUUUCUAUGUGCUUGGAUUGAUUGGGAGCACUUACGAGGGGGCUAACUUGCUGUCGGACUUAGGUUGGCUGUGCGUGCGACAUACGAGGCACGACCAGUUCCCUAUAAUCCAGGACGAAUUCUACGCCGUCCUCGACCCCAAACUCAACUUCAUCGCGUCCCCCGAACGCCGGUUCCAAGUGUUCGACGCGGAAGCCAGCGAGCACUCCGACCACACCGACCUUAGCGAGAGCCUGCACUCUGAGAUAUCUAAGCCUAGUAAAAUACACGAACUGAGCCAAGACAUGGUCGAUAGCAAGCUCAACAUCAAGGAACCGGACAAAAGAAAAUCACACACACUCCCAUCUCAAGGAGCUUCCAUAAGUCGCACGCUUAUGACCGAGUCUCGAACGGUCGACAUACUAAGAGAUUUCGAUCGGCCGCAUAGAAACCCCGCGGAAAGACUGAUCGGUAGAAUGAACUCUUUGGAGCACGCUCAUGAGGGCAGAGUGAGAAAUACUAGUGAGUCGAGCACGAGUGGCGUUAGCAGCUGCGAUUCUGUGCUCGGGAAAUAUACUAUUCCUGAUCGAGUUCUAACGCUAAGCCCCAUACCAAGCUCGUCGAGUCUAUACGGGAUGAAGGGCAGUAGCGGCUCGCACCGGCCGCGGCUGUCGGAGACGCAGCGACGGACGUCCAGCUCAAGUUUCACAGCUCCAGAUGUAUCGAGCUCGCCGCCCUCUCAGUUAGACAUGAGUGGAUAUGCCACCUUAAUAUCACUCAAUAAACACAGACGACCACACUUAUCAGAGAGCGCAGCGUCGGGCUCAAGUGAUAUGGACGACCUAAGCUGGCUACUUUCCGAUACCCAUCGGCGUAGCAAACCUUUUUCUUCAUUGAGGGACCGUGCCAAGUCGACCAGGGAGAGGAUGGCCAAAUUAAGCCUGUUGGACUACGACUGGAAGCCGCUCGCGGUAGCGGAGAGCGGGACGGGAGAGACGCGCGCGCCCCGUCUCACUCCCACGCUGGCCGCGCCCGCGCCCGCCGCCGCCGCCGGCCCGCCGCCGCACUACAUCGGCAUCUGUCUGCCGCGCGACCUGCACGCGCUGUUCCCGAGUGAACUGCACGAAAUCGAUGCCGAUGAGAAAGACCCUCUGAAAGUGAACAAAUCCUCAACGUUAUUGAAUGACGCCAGCAUCGCUAGCACUGAAAAGCCACGAUCAAGUAAAUGUCUCGAAGUAGACGUCUCAAGCUCGACGGACAUCUCCCGAAUCUCCAGCGCGACAGUCACCAGCAGAACGCUAACCGACAAAAACAAAGACGCAAAGGAAAACGAAAAGAUCGAACGACAAAGCAGCGUGGAAAGAAGCGUCAAUGACUCUAUUUCGAAUAUCGAUAAGGAAGGCAAGGAGACUGAUGGGAGGUGGAAGCACGCGGCCAACGAGUGCUUGGCUUGUGUUCGGACAAGGCCGCCGUCUUCGCAUGAGCUGAGAGAAGCGUUCUUCCUUGGUUUAGAAGGCGGUUCCGGCGACAACGCUCGCGUGACGAGCGCCGCUGCCGAAGGCUCGCGCGCGACUGGCAGCACGCCGCAGGCCGAGCUGCUGAACCACGUGCGCUGCAUGUCCAACCCUAUCUACCUGCGGCAGACGCGCUCCGCCGUCCUAACGCUAAAACAGAAGCACCCAGACGUGUUCCGCAGCGCGUGCGUCUACUCCGACGUGUGCGGGCAGCUCGCGCGCGCCACCUACCUCAUGUGCGCUCGACGGUUCCUACACGAACUAUUCCUAGACGCUACCUUUGAGUGCUUCGCUGAUGAACCGAGAGCGUUACUGGCUAGGCAUGCGCCUAUCACGACAGUGCCUGAAGCUAAAGAGUAGCGUUGGUGAAAGGAUUACUAUGUGGCAACGACUUGGUAUAUUUGAGGUAUGGUCGGUUCGUUAUGAUUUUAAUUUAAUGGCAAAAGAAUGCAGUAUAUUAUUUGUAUUUUGAAGACUGUAGUUUAACCUACCUCAUGUGCGCUCGACGGUUCCUACACGAACUAUUCCUAGACGCUACCUUUGAAUGCUUCGCUGAUCAACCGAGGGCGUUACUAACUAGGCAUGCACUCCAAGGAGUAGCGUUGGUGUAACACGGAACUAUAGCAGAGAUGGAAAGGAUAUUUGGCAUCGACUUGGUAUCUUUGAGGUAUGGAUGGUCCUUUCUCAUUUUUCUUUCAUUGUAGCUAGGAGUUAACUAUUGGAAUUUUGAGAAGAACAUACUAACCUACCUCAUAUGCGCAUUUUACUCAAACUCUUCCUAGAUGCUACCUCCUACCUUCGUAUGCUGUUGCCUCGACAUGUGCCUAUAAACCUGGACCCUGAGACAAAGGAGUAGCAUAUGAAUGACCAGGAAAAUUGCAAAACAGGCAGGUUUACCGAAUAUAGCAUCGCAUUGGUAUCUUUAAAGUUUGGACUGUUCUAAAUAGUUUUUCUUGAAUGGCAACAAUGAUGAAGUAUUGGGAUUUUGAAGAGUAACCUACCUCAUGUGUGCACGAUUCCUACACGAAAUGUUCCUAGACGCUAUCUUCGAAUACUGAUGGACUGCGGGCACUACUAGCCAAGCACGCGCCAACGACCGUGCCUUAAGUGAAGGAGCACUGUUGCGACCCAGAUUGAUGGAACUAAAAGCGACAUUGACUUUGAGGAAGAAAAAAACACUCAGAAUAUCAGAGAGAAAUGUGUAUGUAUGCCGUCGGCGUCAUCGCUAGUUAUCUGUUGAUGUCACUUUUUAGUUUAGAAACAAUGCUUUGGGACGUUGGCAGACAUACAAUCGUGUCAUUAUAAUCUACCAUACGGAAUAUUUAUCUCAAUGUAUUAACUGAGUGUAAAUGAACGAUUCAGUCACGCGGGAAACGAGUAUUUGGGCCUAGUUCAUUCGGGACGGAUUACAAAAUACAGAAGACUGACGCUCAGUUACUUUUUGCUAUAUUUUCACUGAAGCUUAAUAUUAUUGACAUUGGACUUCUAGAUAAUUAAAAAAGUUAUACCCAAUUUAUUUUGACAUAUUUUUCAGCCAGAUAAUCUUAUAAUUUUUGUAUCAAAUAGAUCCUAUCAAUAUUAUAAAUGUGUUGUCCGAAAUCUGUAUUUAAUCGUCAAAUUUUGUGUUGUCCCUGCUGUGAACACGGCCUGAGCCUCGCAAACGUCAGACCAGGGUAAGUUAGCAGCGAUUUUGAUAGCUUAUUUUAAACGCAAAUCUUCUACAGUACACGUAACACGUUUACUCUAUAAAAUCGCUGCUAACAUAGCUUGACCUGGGUGCGUAGCCGAAUGGCACAAACGCUCACGAAACGAAACGCUCGUAGACAUCUCUAUCGCUCUUGCGUAUUGGCGCGACAGAGCAAGACCUCCUUUCGCGGCUUUUCGUUUCGCUUUGGAGAAAUGCCAUUCGGCUACGGGGCCUGAUUACAUUGGUUGUUGAACUAAUAAUCCGCGCCAUAUUGAUAUUACCAUGACGGUAUGACUUCCUAUUUUAGUGGUAUUACGGCCGUGUAUUAUUUUUCUAUGUGUACAGAAAGAUUAUGUUAUUUAUGUUAUGAUAUUUGUAGCUGCGGGAGCCGGUAUGGGAUUGUACCUAUCAAACGAUUAUCAGAUAUAUGGGAAACUCGCAUAAUGCACCUUUACUUUUCCGCUUACUUUAGCUACUUAGUUCUAGAGAGUAAAAAUAAGUGUCUUCUUCUUCUUCAAACAUAAGAGCUGUGCUCUGGUUGGUAGAACAACCCCGAACUCGUUUCGUCCUGUCUUCUCUCUCCAGGUGUCGGUAUAUCUAAUCGUUUAAUAUCUAACUAAUUUGACCUGCACUUGACUUAAAUGUUUUAUGAAUCAAGUGACUUUAAUAAUAGUUGCGCUUGUGUGAUUGACCCUUUUCUGGACAUCGUCACAAAUUGAUCGGCUACCCGCAGUGAUUAAAAUAAGUUAAGUAAGGUUGUAUAUUAUGUUAUAAACUGAAUCUAAUAACCUGUUUCCAUCAGAGCUUCCAAUGAAAUAACACCAGAUCAUCUAGCAAGUAGGUUAACGAAAUGUUUCAACACUGAAGUCUUAUAAAUAAAGUCACGGGAGCUCUUGGUUUGACGCGACCCAUAAUCUGCUUUGUAAUAUACAGCGAUCUAUAAAUUAUUUAUUUGUGUGUUGUACAUUAAUAGUUAUUGAUUAAUUUUAAUAUUUAUAACUCGCAGCAAACUAAGGGCCUCGUGACGCAAAAAUGUUUAACUCUCACUUGAAGUAUCAGAGUAUUACGGAAUAAUCAUAUUUAUAAGUGGAAAUGCUAGAAUUCUGGUUCUAUUUUGGUCUCAACAAGCUCUUAACCUUUUGAACGCAUCGUCAAAAAGAAAAAGUUGCCUUUGGGAUGUCAUGCCUUCGCACCUUAUACUUACUAUGAAUAGUAAUAGCCCUUUCAAGCGAGCAAUGCUUAUGUGGCGACGUCUAUAGACGUUGCUCGCUCGAAAGGGAUUCUCGUAAAAAGUAUAGACAGCUUGUGCUUUUGUCAAAUGCCACAGUGUGUAUAUAUAUAUAUAGCUGUGAUGGCGUCCGAGGCAAGCUUCUCCACAGACGGGUAUAACAGACGGAGCGUUCAAAAGGUUCCAUACAUGCGUUCCUCGCUAACUAAAGUCGCUCACUGCCUGUGUUCAAUAUCGAUAAAUGAAUUUAUACCUUAAUUACGAAUCUACACUUGCAUUUAAAUAUUAUUAAUAGUAAAUAUAGAAAUACCCAAUGGUCAGCUAUUUGCUAUAAAGUUACAUUUUUGUAAUAGUAUCUGGCAGGACUAAUUUAUUCCUAUAUUAGGCAUUAAGUUUUGCCAGUCGUCAUGUAACUUCAGAGUUUAGGUGUUGUAGAAUAUUCAGCCUCGCUAGCUUUAUCGUGGAUAUAAGUUUUAAAAUUAGAUUUUUGUAUCCACAGCCAAAGCCUAGCGCUAUAAACUGCAAGAAUGUUUGCCCGCACACUAUCGUGUUGGCCACGUAUGUGUUCCGCUGUACUCCAUUUCAAAUACGAAGGCCCGAUACUACUUAAAACUUAACAAAAGGCCUUAUAAUGUUUCCCUCACUAGCUCCGAAACAAGUGUUUUAUCUUUUAAUGCCAGCGGGUAAAAACGCAUUUUAUCCACUAGUGUAUUAAGUAAUUUAACCUUGAAUAUAGUCACAUUUUCUAUUUUAGACUCAACUAUAGAAUCCUUUCACUUGCUCGUUUUUCAAUUCCACGCUACAAUACAACUUUGCACCCUUGUAUAACAUAUGACUAUUGCCUUUUGUUAUCUUAUUAGGAGCACUUCAAAGUUGGUGCAAACUGCAUACAACAAAAGCGAAAAUAAACCGGAAGUAUGUGUAUAAUACCACGCCGAAAAAGGGCCUAGUGCCUGGUAUCUUUUGUUUUCACUAAUCCUAUUGUUAACGCCUAACGACCGUCUCAAGUGUUAUCGGGCCUCCGUAUUUGAAAUGCGGUAUCCUCAUGACAAUAGCCAGUAUUCGCGAUGACUGAAAUCACCAUUCCCCCUCGACUUUAGUGUAUUUUAGUAACGUGUCCCACCUAUGCAUUCGAUACAUCUUCCUACUAAUGUACCUAUAGUUUCAAACCAUACAAAUACAUGUGACUGCACCUUGUGUUCAAUGAAUAUUUCUUAUCUUUGCAUUUAGUAUUUUGUUAGUUCUUUUUAUGAUUAUGAACUUGUUGUUUUUAUGUUGAACUCAAACGUUUUAGGUACCUAGUAACUUAUGUCGUGUUUAAUUAUAACUAUUACGAGUAAGUAUUAUUCAUGCAAGAAGGAAAGUCACAGCUACUAUUUGUUAUUUAACUGUUUGUUAUGUAAUCUACGCCUAAUGUUAUUUUCGGGGCUAUUCUAUAAGUAAUUUAUAAAUGUUCAAUUCAAUAAUAUGAUUCAGUAUUUUAAAACUUCACUUUGUGUUAGGCCUUCUUUGCAUUACAUUAGAAAGGCUUGAUUAUCAUUAAUUUGUAACAGUCUCCGAUGGAUUGAGUUUUAUAAUAUAUCAACACUAUAUAAUUAAUUUUUGAUUGUCACUGUUACUCUUUAUGCAAUUUAUAUAGACGGUCAAGCAAAUAUUUUCUCUAAUAAAACGUGAAUUCAAAUUUCAUGGGACGACAAACCUUCGCCACUACAUUUUUCUAAACCGCCUUCUCAGUGACAAGGUUUGCUUGACCGUUUAUAAUUUUUAUUACUUACUGAAUGAUGUGCAACCUAUAAUAAUAUAAUCUUAUCUAUAUUGUACAUACUUUGAACCCUAAUAUGAUUCUGACUUUUAAAUAACUCCCACCUUAUUAACAGUAUUGAAGAAAGCAAAAUACCCAAAUCUUUAUUUACUAUUUUACUUAUUCCCUGAAUCCUAUUAUAUUAUUUUAAUACAGAAUGAAAUGCCUUCAAUUUUCAGUUUUUUCAUUAUCAGUUAUAGGAUAAUGGAAAUCACGACUGUAGAUAUAUAUUUUAUGUAUAUUUAAAUGUUAUAAUCCAUAUAGAAUAUAGAGUGGGUCCUGAUAAGGUAAUGCGUGUUGCAUCAUUAAAUUAAAACAAUUUUUGCAAUAACUAUCUAAUAAAAUAUAUUGUAUUUUAUACUGUAA